CACAUACUCCUUGGUCCUAGACCUCGUUCUGCCCGAAGCUAAGCCAAUCAUCAAGACUCAGCGCUCCCCGACCGGCCGCUAAGAGAGCAAAGCGGGCUCAGCUAUAAAAUCUCGCAACGUUUCUGCCUCUUCUGACUUUCUUUCCUCUUUUCAAAAUUUCCACUUCCACCUCAACUUCGUCGUUUUGUCCCUGCACACACACUCUCGUCCGUUACUGUUUACACAGUUCCAACUUGAUUGUCUUCCCUCUGCACUUCUUCUUCUCACUGCUCUCCCCAGCAUUCAAGCAAAGCACGUUGGCAAUCACCAUGUCUGCUUCUGCAGGUACUCCGUCCGCUCCCGCAAUGAAGCUUGCUGGCUCUGGCCGCGCUUCCUCUCUCGAGCCUUCCCCAGCUAGCACCUACGGUGACAGCGCCUCCAGCGAUGCUGGCGAUGAGGUUCCCCAAACUCCCAAUGAUGAAGGUGCUGUCUCGAAGAAGCUUUCCAAGUUGACCAUCAAGGUCGACAAGGACGUUAAGGCUGGCAUUGAGCGUUAUUCCCCACCAUUCGUUCGCAAUGGCUCUCAAGGUCGUGCUGAAGACCCCUUCGACUCUCCUCUCGCCCGCCGCCCUCAAGGCUCCAGUCAGCGUACUCCAACCGGUUCGAAGUUCAUGAGCCGUGCGAGCAAGAGUGACAACUGGCGCUCUGGAUCUAGCUCCGGUUCUGACUCCGGUCCGAUUUCUCCUUUGGAGGCUUUGCGUAGCGCUCAGAGCGGACGCAGUGUCUUUGUUCGUGAUUAUGCCGCUGAGGAAUCGCACUUGAGAACCGCCGAGGCUAUCGCCAUCAAGGCUGAGGAUGCCCAGGCUCAUUAUCUACCAUCCAGCUGUGUCUUCGUUGCCAAUCUCCUUCAGAGCGAGAGCGAUGAAGCCCUCGAGGUCGCUGUCACUGAAAUCUUCAGAGAGUUUGGCACCGUGUUUGUCAAGAUCCGCCGUGACUCUAAGCAGAUGCCCUUUGCAUUCUGUCAAUUCACUACCGAUGAUGACGCUUCCCGUGCUAUUAGGGAUGGCCGCGGACGCACUAUCAAGGGUCGCCCAUGCCGUUGCGAGAGAGCCAAGGCUCAUCGUCUCUUCUACUUCGAGCGUAAGUAUGGUGCUGAUCUCACUGUAUCUGAGGUUGAGGCUCUUCUCCGUGGCUUUGGUCGUAUCAGCUACUGCAGACAAAUUAACCCCGCCGAUGCUGCUCUUAACAACCUUGGUAACGGUAUCAUCGUCCAAUUCGAGUUGUAUGAUGAGGGUCAGGCUGCUUUUCAGGCAUAUCGCAACCAUGAGGAGUUCAAGAUGCAACCGGUAUCAAACAUGGGUAUGAAUUCAUCUCCUCGCGGUCGCGUCCCUCAAGACCCUGUCGGCCGACGCUAUCUUGAAGAAUAUGACAUUGAGCGCCGCUCCAUCUACGUUGGCAACGUCCCUCUUGAUGCCAUCAUCGAUGAGCUUCGUGAUGUCUUCCAGAGCCAUGGCCGCAUUCUCAAGGUUACAUUGCACAAGAAUAAUUCCAUCGUCGAUGCCACCCAACAGCGUUGCUUUGCCUUCGUCGAGUUUGAGAUGCAACCAUCUGUCGCUUCAGUUCUCCGUGCGAACGCUUCCCUCGGUUUCACCCUGCAUGGCAUGGCUUUGCGAGUUGCCCAGAAGGACUCCAAUGCUGCCUUGGCCCGUUCCCAACGUCGUCGAUCAGGCUAUGGUGCUCAGGCUUCCGCCACUCCAUAUAAAUCCCCUGCUCCUCAACCUGCCGCUCAGCAGCAACAUGCCACUCAAUUCGCCUCCGUCUCCUCUCAGGCCUAUGGUUAUGUCGCAUCCCCUGUUGCACACUCCCCAUACAACGCCUUCUACGGUUAUGGUGGCUAUGGUGGCUAUGGUGGUUACGGUGGUUAUGGUGGUUAUGGCAGCCCAAUCUAUGCUACGGCAAAUGGCGCCUACUUCACCCAGUUCCCUGCCCCUGCGUGCUAUCCUGGCAGUCCCGCCUACAACACCGGUGGCAGCCCAACCUCCAGUCCUCUCAGCCAGCAAUUCAUCUACGGUUCGGCCCCAUCCUACGGCUUCAGCUCUCCUGCUCAACAAGGCACUUUCCAAGCCGCUUAUGGACAGCCCAUGGCCAGCAAUGCUCCAGCCGAAGAUGAUCGCUCCAGCACCCCAACUCCCGUUGGCCAUGGUUCUGGCUUUGAGUCCUUGGAUUCUUAGUAAGUACAUUGCAUCUGGCCUGCUUUGACGCGUGGUCGGUAUCACUGCCUGCCUGUCCUGUUCUAGGCGCGCUCACUGCACUCAUGCCUUCUGUUUGCAUUUGCACUUCGAUUUCAUGUUUCUGCACGAGGAUAACACAGUUGUCUGUCAAUGUUUGCAACUGCUUUUGUCAUUUCGAGGCAGAGAUCUUCACACACCCGCCCGCACCUAGCUUCUUGUUCACGGUCAUGCAAUUUGUUUUUCCUUCUCCUUGUCUGGGCAUAAUACAAACCCUCUACCAGACAAAUGCUUCGCACCCGCUUCCUUGAUUGUCUUGCUCCUACCACUUGGACAAGAUGUCAUAGGAUAAGGGUCUCUUCACGCGUACAUAUUGCAGGACUGCUCUCGGACAUGGUGUACAUAGCAAUGAAAAAAACUU